UAAAGUCGACAAAGUGAGCAGCAGAGAUUUAUUUUUCCCUGCCAAGAAGAUUCGCUAACGUGACCGAACAAACAUCUUUAAUCGACUUUUUUCCUGACGAUUCUUGGACUUUUUGUAAGUUUUUUUUUUCUUUUUUUCUCCCCACUUUUUUUUUCCUCCUCUGCGCCAAGUUGGCGUGCAGGAAUAAAUAUUGAUAUAUUUAUUUCUAUGUGCUCUUUUGUUGCUGUGUGAGAAUGCUGGCGACGAACCAAGCAAGACUUUGACAGCCAACAAAGUUCUAGUGCGACUUUUAGGAUGAACCGGGAGGACUUUUGCUGACUGGCGUCGACUUUCGCGUUUCCUGCUGCGCCAAAAAAAAGUUCAGGGACGAAUUACGCUCAAAAGUUCCACGCACUUUGCAACUUUUGCCCCCAAAGUUGGAGAAGGACUUUUUUCUCCCCCCCUCCUCCUAGCGGACCAUGGAUCCGGGCCAGCACAACCCUCCCGUCGGACACCAGAUCGUCCACGUCCGGGGCGACUCGGAGACCGACCUGGAGGCUCUGUUCAACGCCGUGAUGAACCCCAAGACCGCCAUCAUGCCGCCUUGUGUGCCCAUGAGGAUGAGGAAGCUGCCGGACUCCUUCUUCAAGCCGCCAGAGCCCAAGUCGCACUCCAGACAAGCGAGCACGGACGCAGGCGGCGGCGGCCCCCUCACCCCCCACCACGUGCGCGCCCACUCCUCGCCCGCCUCCCUGCAGAUGGGCGCCGUCUCCGGGGGCUCCCUGGCCGGCAUGGGGCCGCCUGGCACCUCCCCCCAACACCCGCGCCAGUCCUCCUACGAGAUCCCCGACGACGUGCCCCUGCCCCCGGGCUGGGAGAUGGCCAAGACCGCCUCGGGACAGAGAUACUUCCUCAACCACAUUGACCAGACCACCACUUGGCAGGACCCCCGCAAGACCCUCCUGCAGAUGAACCAGGUUCCCCCGCCCAGCUCGGUGCCGGUCCAGCAGCAGAACCUGAUGAACCCGGCCAGCGGUCCUCUCCCCGAAAGCUGGGAACAAGCCAUUACGUCCGAGGGUGAGGUCUACUACAUCAACCACAAGAACAAAUCCACUUCCUGGCUGGACCCACGACUCGACCCGCGUUUCGCCCUGAACCAGCAGAGGAUCUCCCAGAAUGCACCAGUGAAGGCGGGCGGCCAGCUGCCUCCCAGCAUCCUCAGCGGUGUCAACCAGAUGAGGCUGCAGAAGAUGGACAAGGAAAGACUCAGACUCAAGCAGGAGCUGCUCAGGCAGAGACCUCAGGAGCUAGUUCUCAGGAACCAGCUGCCCACCAGUAUGGAUCAAGAUGGCGGCACCAACCCUGUGUCCUCCCCCAUGGCCCAGGACGCCCGCACCAUGACCGCUAACAGCUCGGACCCAUUCCUCAACAGCGGGACGUACCACUCCAGGGACGAGAGCACGGACAGCGGCUUGAGCAUGAGCAGCUACAGCGUGCCCCGCACCCCCGAUGACUUCCUCAACAGCGUGGACGAGAUGGACACAGGUGACCCCCUGCCCACCUCCAUGGCGUCGCAGCCCAGCCGCUUCCCCGACUACCUGGACGCCAUCCCGGGCACGGACGUGGACCUGGGCACCCUGGAGGGCGAGAGCAUGGCGGUGGAGGGGGAGGAGCUUAUGCCCAGCCUGCAGGAGGCGCUCAGCUCGGACAUCCUCAACGACAUGGAGUCCGUGCUGGCGGCCACCAAGAUCGACAAGGAGAGCUUCCUGACGUGGUUAUAGAGGCCCCGCCUCCUCCCCUCCCCCCCCGCCCCUCCCCCGCCAGCGUGUGAAGGAUUCGUGCUCGCUUUGAGCGGACGCUUCAGCUCCGUGGUUCUCCUUCCUUCCUUCCUGUCGUCUGCGUCUCCAAGGCUGGCCCGUGAGCAGACAAUAACCAAGCAAAGCGUUCUCGGAGGUUUUCACACGCCGCCGCCGCCGCCCCUCCCCCCUCCCCCGCCAUGGCGUGUGCGUGCCGUGUCGCCGCCGUCUUCUUCUCUUGCAGGACAGCUUUACUCGCCAGACAUGAUGUAUUGGAGGACCGUACGGAUUUGGAGCGGCAGUAUAAGGAAGGCCCCGGCGAGGACGCGUGUGAUUGGUCGAGAGGGUCCUGGGGUUUGGAGGGGGCGGGGCCACCACGCCGCUGCUUGGCUGUGCCAGCAAGUCUAAGUUAAACUUUUUUUGUCAGGCCUUUUUUUGAAGAACAUGCGAGCGACGCGAACAAGCCACGCCUUCUCUUGCUCAUCUCCUCCAAUCAAAAUGUCUUUUUCAUUUAUGAACACAUUUUAAUGGGUUUUUUUUUUAGGGAUUUGUUAGCUUCUUGUAUUAUUCUUUUAGAUGUAUGAUCUUUUCCUUCUGGCAUCAACAGACCAACAACACAAACUCUCCCGACUAUAGAGUGCGCCGCGAUAUAAGCCACACCCACUACAUUUUUGAAGAAAAAACAUAGGAACCGCACCGGACUAUAAGCCGCAGGUAUAAACGUUACGGAAUUACUUAUUUACACAGAAAUAUUCCUUUACAUACCUUAAUUGUUUGCAAACAGGGCAGUAAAAUGGCCGAUCAAACAAAACACAAAUCAAGGUCAUGGACCCACUAGCUGCGCGAGCUAGCUCUCCAAUCAGCUAAACAGACUCAGUAACUCCACGCUGACGUUUUGGUGAAUUUACUGAGGAAUUUGUGAAAGUGAAACUAUGCAAAAAGUUAAUAAUACUAACACAGACACUCGUAAACCUGUUAGCAUACUAGCUAAUGCUAACGAUGCUAGCUCGGUUACAUUACGAUAGCAUGCAUGAAAACACUCCUACAGACAUCACACAUGGGACGCUUUAGUAAGUAAGAAUAGUUUUAGUUAUAUUGUAAAACUUAUAAAGCUUGCUUUGGAGUAACGAAUGAAGAAUUUACACGAGUAGAAACGUUAUAGACCAAGCAAAAAUUUAAAAUCAAUAAUAGUAAGUAAAUAAUUUGAUCGCUGCGCAAGCUAGCUCUCCAAUCAGCUAAACAGACUCAAUAACUCCACGCUGACGUUUUGCUGAAUUUACUGAGGAAUUUGUGAAAGUGAAACAAUACAAAAACAAUGUAAGUUAAGAAUACUAACACAGACUCUUGUAAACCUGUUAGCAUUUUAGCUAAUGCUAACGACGCUAGCUUGGUUACAUUACGAUAGCAGGUACAAAUAUGCAUGAAAACACUCCUACAGAAAUCACACAUAGGGCGCUUUAGUAAGUAAAAAUAGUUGUAGUUAUAUUGUAAAACUUACACACGUUGCUUGGAGUGAUGAAUGAAGAAUCAUUACAAGUAGAAACGUUAUGGAUGACUAGAAAACCAAACAAAAAAAUGAAAUCAAGAAUAGUAAGCAAAUAUAAAAUACCUUAAUUGUUUCCAAACAGUGUCUGUAAAACGGCUGAUCAAACAAAACACAAGUCGAGGUCAUGGACCCACUAGCUGCGCAAGCUAGCUCUCCAGUCAGCUAAACAGACUCAAUAACUUUAGUUGACGUUUUGGUGAAUUUACUGAGGAAUUUGAGAAAGUGAAACAAUACAAAAAGAAUGUAAGUUAAUACUAACACAGACACUUGUAAACCUGUUAGCUAAUGCUAACGACGCUAGCUUGGUUACAUUACGAUAGCAUGCAUGAAAACACUCCUACAGACAUCACACAUGGGACGCUUUAGUAAGUUAGAAUAGUUUUAGUUAUAUUGUAACACUUAUAAAGCUUGCUUGGAGUAACGAAUGAAGAAUUUACACGAGUAGAAACGUUAUGGACGACUAGAAGACCAAACAAAAAUUUAAAAUCAAUAAUAGUAAGUAAAUAAUUUGAUCGCUGCGCAAGCUAGCUCUCCAAUCAGCUAAACAGACUCAAUAACUCCACGUUGACGUUUUGGUGAAUUUACUAAGGAAUUUGUGAAAGUGAAACUAUACAAAAAGUUAAUAAUACUAACACAGACACUUGUAAACCUGUUAGCAUUUUAGCUAAUGCUAACGACGCUAGCUUGGUUACAUUACGAUAGCAGGUACAAAUAUGCAUGAAAACACUCCUACAGACAUCACACAUGGGACGCUUUAUAGUAAGUAAAAAUUGUUUUAGUUAUAUUGUAAAACUUACACAUGUUACUUGGAGUGAUGAAUGAAGAAUCAUUACAAGUAGAAACGUUAUGGAUGACUAGAAGACCACACAGAAAAAUGAAAUCAAGAAUAGUAAGCAAAUAUAAAAUACCUUAAUUGUUUCCAAACAGUGUCUGUAACACGGCAGUAAAACGGCUGAUCAAACAAAACACAAGUCGAGGUCAUGGACCCACUAGCUGCGCGAGCUAGCUCUCCAAUCAGCUAAACAGACUCAAUAACUUUAGUUGACGUUUUGGUGAAUUUACUGAGGAAUUUGUGAAAGUGAAACAAUACAAAAAGAAUGUAAGUUAAUAAUACUAACACAGACACUUGUAAACCUAUUACCUAAUGCUAACGACGCUAGCUUGGUUACAUUACGAUAGCAUGAAAACACUCCUACAGACAUCACACAUGGGACGCUUUAUAGUGAGUAAGAAUUGUUUUAGUUAUAUUGUAAAACUUACAAACGUUGCUUGGAGUGAUGAAUGAAGAAUCUCGACGUGUAGAAACGUAGACGACUAAAAAACCAAACAAAAAUAUAAAAUCAAUAAUAGUAAGCAAAUAAUUCGAUCGCUGCGCAAGCUAGCUCUCAUCAGCUAAACAGACUCAAUAACUUUAGUUGACGUUUUGGUGAAUUUACUGAGGAAUUUGUGAAAGUGAAACAAUACUAAAAGAAUGUAAGUUAAUAAUACUAACACAGACACUUGUAAACAUGUUAGCAUGUUAGCUAACCAUUACAUUACUAUAGCAAGUACAAAUAUGCAUGAAAACACUCCUACAGACAUCACACAUGGGACACUUUACUAAGUAAGAAUUGUUUUAGUUAUAUUGUAAAACUUACACAUGUUGCUUGAAGUGAUGAAUGAAGAAUCAUUACCAGUAGAAACGUUAAAGAUCAAACAAAAAUAUGAAAUCAAGAAUAGUAAGCAAAUACAACAUACCUCAAUUGUUCCCAAACGCAGUAGUAAAACGGCUGAUCAAACAAAACACAAGUCAAGGUAAUGGACCCACACGUGGGACGGUUUAGUCAGUAAGAAUAGUUUUAGUUAUAUUGUAAAACUUACACACGUUGCUUGGAGUGAUGAAUGAAGAAUCAUUUACGAGUAGGAACGCUAUGGACGGCUAGAAGACUGAACGGCACUUCUACUUCUGGCUCGGCGCUUUAAAAAGCAGGAACCACUGGUUGGCAUUAGCUAACAACGUAGAAAUGUAAAAUUUACAAAUGUUGCUUGGAGUCAGGAAUGGAGAAUCUUUAAGAGUGGAACGUUAUGGACGACUCGAAGACCAAACAAAAAUAUGAAAUCAAGAAUAGUAAGCAAAUAUUACAUACCUUAAUUGUUCCCAAACAGUGUCUGUAACACGGCAGUAAAACGGCUGAUCAAACAAAACACAAGUCAUGGUCAUGGGCCCACAAGCUGCACAUGCUAGCUCUCCAAUCAACUAAACAGAAUAGUUGUAGUUAUAUUGUAAAACUUACAAACGUUGCUCGGAGUAAUGGAUGAAGAAUCAUUAAAAGUAAAAACGCUAUGGACGGCUGGAAGACCGAACGGCACCCGCAGUGAGCGAACUCGUCCAGGAGAUGGCGCCGUAGCACAAACAAUAACACCUUUUCUUUGAUUGUGUUUAUAAAAAUAACUAUUUGCCAUAUGGCUGCCAGAACUCAUAAAAAGUAGCGGCUUACAGUCCGGAAUCUACGGCAUUAAUAUACAAACCCCGUUUCCAUAUGAGUUGGGAAAUUGUGUUAGAUGUAAAUAUCAUUUUCAAGCCAUAUUCAGUUGAAUAUGCUACAAAGACAACAUAUUUGAUGUUCAAACUCAUAAACUUUAUUUAUUUUUUUUGCAAAUAAUCAUUAACUUAGAAUUUCAUGGCUGCAACACGUGACAAAGUAGUUGGGAAAGGGCAUGUUCACCACUGUGUUACAUGGCCUUUCCUUUUAACAACACUCAGUAAAGGUUUGGGAACUGAGGAGACACAUUUUUGAAGCUUCUCAGGUGGAAUUCUUUCCCAUUCUUGCUUGAUGUACAGCUUAAGUUGUUCAACAGUCCGGGGGUCUCCCUUCUGCUAUUUUAGGCUUCAUAAUGCGCCACACAUUUUCAAUGUCUGGACUACAGGCAGGCCAGUCUAGUACCCGCACUCUUUUACUAUGAAGCCACGUUGAUGUAACACGUGGCUUGGCAUUGUCUUGCUGAAAUAAGCAGGGGCGUCCAUGGUAACGUUGCUUGGGUUGCUCCAAAAGCUGUAUGUACCUUUCAGCAUUAAUGGUGCCUUCACAGAUGUGUAAGUUACCCAUGUCUUGGCCACUAAUACACCCCCAUACCAUCACACAUGCUGCCUUUUACACUUUCACACUAGAACAAUCCGGAUGGUUCUUUUCCUCUUUGGUCACGACGUCCACAGUUUCCAAAAACAAUUUGAAAUGUGGACUCGUCAGACCACAGAACACUUUUCCACUUUGCAUCAGUCCAUCUUAGAUGAGCUCAGACGGCGUUUCUGGGUGUUGUUGAUAAACGGUCUUCGCCUUGCAUAGGAGAGUUUUAACUUGCACUUACAGAUGUAGCGACCAACUGUAGUUACUGGCAGUGGGUUUCUGAAGUGUUCCUGAGCCCAUGUGGUGAUAUCCUUUACACACUGAUGUGGCUUGUUGAUGCAGUACAGCCUGAGGGAUGGAAGGUCACGGGCUUAGCUGCUUACGUGCAGUGAUUUCUCCACAUUCUCUCAACCCUUUGAUGAUAUUACGGAGCGUAGAUGGUGAAAUCCCUAAACUCCUUGCUAUAGCUGGUUGAGAAAGGUUUUUCUUAAACUGUUCAAAAAUUUGCUCAGGCAUUUGUUGACAAAGUGGUGACCCUCGCCCCAUCC